CGGCUCAAUUCAAUUCCUGAAAUCUCCCGAUCAGAAAAUAAAAUUUAGAUUUUCGUAAAAAGAACCUUUCUUCCUCUCUCAAACUCAGCCGACUCCCUGCCCCUUUCUAUCCCAUCCUCCGACGGCAUCACACCCCCGAACGGCGACCACGAAUUCCGGCUAUCGACGAACGACGGCGGCGACGACAGAUCUACGAGACCCGCGUCCAGACCCGUAGCAAAUCCCAGCAGCAGCAGAUUCUUCUCCGGCGACACCCAAAUCGGCGACGAACGGCCAUUUCGACGACUUGUAGCAGCGGUUCAGGCGGCGGCGCGACUUCCUACGAGCUCCGGCGAGCAGACGCGGCACGAACAGGUCUGCCACGUUCCUCUACUACCUCCAACUACCGAUAGAGAUAAACCUAUAGGUAACUAAGGAAAACUUGUCUCCUGUCCUUUUGCUAUUGAUCAUUGCUGCCUUCACUUGAAGUUCAGAAUUCUACAAAAAGGAGCUUUCUUUGUGGAGUAUUAAGCAUUUUUUACCUGAAAAUGAAGAAUCCAUCAUUAUCUGAGCAAUCUAUACCUGAAAGAAUUAUUCAGCAAUUGUUAAGUGCUGCAAAAUCAUUCACCUUAGAAGCAUCCUUAGAUAUCCUUAUUGAAGCUUCCAAAAGUACCGAGGGUCGAUCGGAUUUGGCUUCACAAAAUAUCCUCCCUUCUGUGCUUGAGUUGAUUCAGCGUCUCAUUGACACUUCUAGUGGUGCACUUCUCUUAUCAUCCUUGAAGCUCCUUAGAAACCUAUGUGCUGGAGAAAUUAGAAAUCAGAAUGUUUUCAUUGAGCAAAGUGGAGUUGGAGUUGUUUCAAGCAUUCUGCAGUACGCUAUGCUGAUGUGUGAUCCUGAUAUCGUGAUCAUUAGACUAGGAUUGCAGGUUCUAGCAAAUGUUUCAUUGGCUGGAGAAGAGCAUCAACAAGCAAUUUGGCGUGAACUAUUCCCCGACAAUUUUGUUUUACUCGCACGGAUUCGGUACUGUGAGAUUUCUGAUCCUUUGAGUAUGAUUAUUUACAAUCUAUGUAGUAGACACUAUGAAUUGGUUGCAUUGCUUUGUGGUGACUCUGGGUUGCCUAUUAUUGUAGAGAUUACGAGGACUGCAUCCUCGGUUGGUUUUGGUGAAGAUUGGGUGAAGUUGCUUCUUUCGAGAAUCUGCUUAGAAGAGCCUUAUUUUCCUCUGCUUUUUUCUAAGUUAUGCCCUGUUGAUAAUUCUAAAGAUGGUGAAAAAGUUGAAUCCGAAGAUGUUUCAUUUUCUUCAGAACAAGCAUUUCUUUUGACAAUCAUAUCGGAGAUAUUGAAUGAGCGAAUCGGAGAUAUUACUGUCCCCAAUGAUUUUGCAUCGUGUGUAUUUAGAAUCUUCCAGAGCUCCCUUUCUAUUAUCGAUUUCACCCCAAUAUGCAAGUGUAGUCUUCCAACAGGCACAACCGCCGUAGAUGUUCUCGGGUACUCACUAGCUAUUUUAAGAGAUAUUUGUGCACAGGAUGGUAGACAUAAAGAUAUUUCUGAGGAUGCAGUUGAUGUGCUUCUCUCUCUUGGACUUCUAGAUUUGCUUUUGGGCUUACUUCGCAAUGUCGAACCUCCAGCCAUGAUCAAGAAAGCACUUCAACAAGCCGAGAACGAGGAUAGAAGUAGUCGCCCUAACUCAUUAAAGCGGUGUCCGUAUAAAGGGUUUCGAAGAGAUAUUGUUGCUGUCAUUGCAAAUUGCUCAUACAGAAGGAAGCAUGUACAAGAUGACAUUAGAAAGAAGAAUGGAGUGUUUGUGCUGUUGCAGCAGUGUGUUGCUGAUGAGAACAACCCAUUCCUGAGGGAAUGGGGCAUCUGGGCUAUGAGGAACUUACUUGAAGGAAACUUAGAAAACCAAAAAUUAGUAGCUGAACUAGAAGUUCAAGGUUCUGUAGAUGUGCCCGAGAUUGCUGAACUUGGUCUUCAAAUUGAGGUGGAUCCAAAAACUCGACGUGCUAAGCUUGUAAAUGCCUCGUGAUUGUGACGUGGGUUCAGUAUCUUGAACCUCAACCUUAAGUGAAGGGUUUAGGAAGCUUGAGUUUGAGAAAGUUGUGUGUGGGGCUUGAUAUCUGUCCUGCCCCAUCUUCAGAUACUCUUAUGGUGGGAAGCCAAUUUUGGGUAGAGCAGAGGAUGGAGAAGCUGGGAAGUGCAGGGCAUGUGGUGAAUAAGGCACUUUGAAAUGCAGCUAAUUAAUGCCCCCACUGCUAUACGUUCUGCAGGAAGCAGCCGAUGAACUUCAAAAACAGUUGCUGGGGAGACCUUUUUCAAGUGAGUUCUCUUCUCCCUUUUGCUAGUCCAGACUAGGCAGAGGAAGUAAUAUCUUCUUUUAGUGAUGCAUUUAUGAAACUUAGCUUGCUCUUAGACGAAUUUGACUUUUACCACCAGGAGUUGGUCCAGGUGAUCACCAAUAAAAAAAGUGAAGAUUUAGUAGUCACCAAUCCAUCUAGGAUUUUAAAAUUUUACAGUUUUCUUGGUAUCCAAAUGUAGUUGGGAUCAAAUUUUCUCCAUGAUAUUAGUUGAGGUGUAUGCAAGUUAGUAUGUAUUAAAAUGUAAAAUAAAAAUUGGCCUCCAAGGAGCAGCUUAGUUGGCAAGAAUUUGGGUUUUAAGUUGAA